UCUGUUUGUGCCGCCUCCACUUCGUUGGAGAUUUAGGAGCGAAAGAAGAACAAGAUGGUGAAGUUCCUUAAGCCGAACAAGGCUGUCAUCGUUUUGCAGGGAAGGUAUGCUGGAAGGAAGGCUGUGAUCAUCCGUGCCUUCGACGAUGGAACCAGGGACAAACCCUAUGGACACUGUUUGGUCGCCGGAAUCUCCAAGUACCCCAAGAAGGUCAUCCGUAAGGAUUCAGCCAAGAAGACCGCGAAGAAGUCUCGCGUGAAGGCGUUCAUCAAGCUUGUUAAUUAUAAUCACAUCAUGCCGACUCGUUACACCCUUGAUGUAGAUCUGAAGGAUGUGGUCACACCAGAUUGCCUGCAAUCUCGUGAUAAGAAGGUGACCGCUGCUAAGGAGACCAAGGCUAGGCUUGAGGAGCGAUUCAAGACUGGAAAGAACAGGUGGUUCUUCACUAAGCUCAGGUUCUAGACAAAGGGGUUUUCUGAUUUGUUUUGAUUUUGAUGUUUAGUAUGAUUUUGGAUUGUCUUUGUUGAUUUUGAGAUUUUUAUAAUGUAAGGAUUUAUCUUUGAAUUGCUUUGAAUGAUUUGGUUAAUUUACUUAUUGCAUCUUAUAUAUAUAGAAAUGAUAUUAUCAUUGUCA